AUGACCCAUCUUGGCCGUCAUCAACUUACCCAUGGCGAUCAUCGUUCAGACCAUCAUUCAGACCAUCAUCAACAAGUAAACUUGUUCUGGAGAUGCUCUCGAUUUUCCAUUGAGUACUGGCGUCAAAGUUUAUUUCCUCCGACUCAAAUUCCAGGAUUGUUCUUCGUUCUAGUAUUCGAGCGCAAUGCAUUCAGUGCCACCCGCUUGACCCUCCAAGUCAUGGUGCCACGAUCCAACAACAUCAGCAACGAAGCAGCGCACCAGAGCAUCGAUCUGCUCAUGGAAGAUUUCGAACCUCAGCCAGGCGGCUUCAUACCCCCUUCCGGCCUUCUCUCUCCCGCCCCAUCCUCCACAUCAACACGUUCCCGCGCCAUAGAACUGCCACACCCCAGAGGCCACUCACUGAGACCAGGCUCCCACAAAGAGGACCUAGUCCGGCGCUACGUCGAGGACAAACUCCUCAACAUAUCCCGCCGAUACGUUAAGAAAUUUGGCAAACCCAAUCCAGGCGACGCUGUCGUCGGAUUCAAAUCCUUCAGUGAGGUGUGCCGAGAAUUCGAAGGCAUAGUGAACGUGCUGUGGAAGUCGGGCACGCCGAGUUUACAGAUUCCCUUCUUGUUAAGGUUAGCCAGCGACUUCACUCAGUACGUUCGAUCGUUCCCCCCUUCCCCCAAAAGUACAUUUGACUUGCUUCGCAAAUUGGACCACUGCUUUGCCAGCCUUCUAUGCGGCCAGGACAUGGAAUCGCGCGAUUCACUGCCAGGGUUCGAGAAUGGCCUUGGAGCUGGCAUGACGCCGACUGACAUGGUGAGGUGUCGGAGUUUGGUGGAACAGACGAGGUUGCUCAUGAUGGAGAUACUCAGUAGCGGGGAGGUGGACGAAGAGGAGACGGAUGGUGAAGGUGAAGAGAGCUCUGCUGAGAGUACAGGGUAUCUUCUAACGUGGGAUGCGGAUGAGGAGAAGCUGCAUAUGGAUGCGGCGCGGAUUUAUGAAAAUACCAUUGUGCAGUUGGGCGCCAGACUGGGCGAUCCGCUCGGGAGUGAGAAUAAGGUGGACAGUUCGACCAUGUGUCCGACCUUUGUGGUCAGGGUAUAA